CUUGUGUUUUCAUCAUCAGCUACAGUUUAUGGUUGGCCAAAGGUGGUACCGUGCACAGAGGAGUUUCCCCUCUCUGCAGCAAACCCUUAUGGACGAACCAAGCUCUUCAUUGAAGAAAUAUGCCGUGAUACCCACCUCUCGGACACCAAAUGGAAAAUCAUAUUGCUGCGAUACUUCAAUCCUGUUGGUGCACAUCCUAGUGGUUAUAUUGGUGAGGAUCCUCAUGGUAUACCAAACAAUCUCAUGCCUUAUGUGCAACAAGUUGCUGUUGGUAGGCGACCUGCACUUACUGUAUUUGGAAAUGACUACUCUACAAAGGAUGGUACAGGGGUACGUGACUACAUUCAUGUCCAGGAUUUGGCUGAUGGGCAUAUUGCUGCAUUGAACAAGUUAUCUGAUCCUUCUAUAGGUUGUGAAGUUUACAAUCUUGGAACUGGACCGCCUGAUGACAGCGUCUUGGUCCCUUAA